ACGCCUCGCCGCCUUGCCGCCCGCUGGCUUAGGGGAAAGACUCAGCUCCCACAGUUUGGCGACCCGGCGACUGGCAUGGCCGUGCCGCGGUUCAGACGCCGGCGCUUCCUCGCCCGCCAGCCGUCUAGUGCCCCCGGGCUCGCCCUGCUGGCGCUGUUGGUGCUGCCGCUCGCGGCCAGGGCCAACUGCCCGUGUCCGGAGCUCGAGCUCUGCCGCUCGAUCCGCCACCGCCGGGACUUCGAGGUCUUUGUGUUUGAUGCUGGACAAAAAAAUUGGAAAUCUUAUGAUUGGUCACAGAUUACAACUGUGGUGGCUUUUGGAAAAUAUGACUCUGAACUUAUGUGCUAUGCUCAUUCAAGAGGAGCCAGAGUAGUACUUAAAGGGGAUGUAUCCUUACAGGAUAUCAUUCAUCCAACUUUCAGAGCAUCCUGGAUAGCUCAAAAAAUUGAUUUGGCCAAAUCACAAUAUAUGGAUGGAAUUAAUAUAGAUAUAGAGCAAGAAGUGAAUUGUUCAGCACCUGAAUAUGAUGCAUUAACUGCUUUAGUUAGAGAAACCACAGACAAUUUCCAUCGUGAAAUUGAGGGAUCACAGGUAACCUUUGAUGUAGCGUGGUCUCCAAAGAACAUAGAUAGAAGGUGCUAUAAUUACUCUGGAAUUGCAGAUGCUUGCGACUUCCUCUUUGUGAUGUCUUAUGAUGAACAAAGUCAGGUCUGGUUAGAAUGUAUUGCAGCAGCCAAUGCUCCCUAUAAUCAGACAUUAACUGGAUAUAAUGACUACAUCAGGCUGGGCAUUAGCCCUAAGAAACUUGUAAUGGGCGUUCCCUGGUACGGUUAUGAUUAUACAUGCCUGAAUCUGUCUGAGGAUCGUAUUUGCACUAUUGCCAGAGUGCCUUUCCGGGGGGCUCCGUGUAGCGACGCUGCAGGACGUCAGGUGCCCUACAAAAUGAUCAUGAAGCAAUUGAUUAGUUCCAUUUCUGGAAGCCAGUGGGACAAAGAUCAGCAGGCUCCUUAUUUUAACUACAAAGAUGCUACUGGCCAUUUUCAUCAAGUGUGGUAUGAUAAUCCUCGGAGCAUUUCUUUAAAGGCAGCAUAUAUCCAAAGUUAUGGCUUACGAGGCAUUGGCGUGUGGAAUGCAGAUUAUCUCGACUACUCUGGAGAUAUUAUAGCCAAACAACAAACUGAUGAAAUGUGGAAUGCCUUAAAACCAAAACUAUGGCAGAGAUGAACAUACAUCACACUAUUAAGAUUUAGAAAAAUGAUCUGUAUAUAAAGAUCUAGUUUCUUGAAUAAAUAAAAAUGCGUACAUUUUUGUCAUGUUGUUAUUAUACUGUGUGGCCAUAAAGUUUGUGUGCAGUUUAAACCAUUGUACACGUAUGUGUAUACUAAAAAAAAAAAAAAUGCUUUCAUUCUUUGAUUUUGAAAAAUACAUAUUUACAUCAUUAGUAUCCAGAAACAUAAAGACAAGGAACAAGUCAACUUACUCUAUUAAUCCUCUAUGAGAUUUUUCAACACUACAAUUAGGAAAAACUGCUUUCAGAAUUUUAUUAUGCCAAACUUUCCCCUGUAUUACUAAAAUAUACUUACAAAUCAAUGUUGAUUUUAAAAAUAUAUAUAACUUGAAGUGGAAAUUGUUUGCUUGGAAUAGAUAUUUUAAAACCUAGGCUUUGAUCAAGCAGUGGAUGCUAUACCUUUUUUCCUCCAAUAAAUCUUAAAUUUAAAA